CUGCUGCUCGGGACAAAACCGCACGCAGCUGCUUUCAUUUUCCAGCGCUGGAGCCUGCGCGGCCAAGAGGAGGAGGAGGAGGAGGAGGAAGAGGAGGAGAGGAGAGGAGCUGGCACCGCUCGCUGCGCGGAUAUUUCAUCUGAUGGACUUCACGUACAAUGCGCGCUGAGUUUCCUCUGAUCAUGGCCACUUAGAUCGCAGUUACGAGCGCUUUUUUUUCGCGUGUGCGUGGAACGCAAACUUGUGAAUCGCCGCCGCUCUGGAUGUGCUUCAUGCCUUUGCGCUCCACAGUGAGGUAGACGUAUCCGGGCGCGUCGGCGUGUGGCCGCUGCCGUGGAUGCGGCUGUGGGGGUCGGUGUCUGAGCCCCGCAGGAGCAGCCUGUCAUAGGGCACCAUGACGUCCCCGCGUGUCCACGCGUGGAUGAGGAUUAUUUGCCCGGAGAUGCUGCUGCUGGUGCCCGUCCUGUGUCUUCUGCCCGCGGCCGGAGCGGCGCCUCCGCUGACUACAGAGCAGCUGGACACGGGGGUGGACUGGCUGAGCAAGUUCGGCUACCUCCCGCCCCCGGACCCAGUCACAGGUCAGCUUCAGACCAAGGAGGCGCUGACCAAGGCCAUCAAAGCCAUGCAGCGGUUCGGAGGUCUGAAGGAGACGGGGGUCUUAGACCAGGCCACCCUGGGCCUAAUGAAAACACCCAGAUGUUCUCUGCCAGAUGUGUCGGAGGCCGAGGGGUCGACGGGCCGCAGCAAACGGAGCCUCAUCCCACAGAACAAAUGGAACAAGAGGCAUCUGUCCUGGAGAGUCAGGACGUUCCCCAAGGAUUCGGCCUUACUGGGCCGGGACACGGUCAGAGCGCUGAUGUACUACGCCCUGAAGGUCUGGAGUGACAUCACGCCCCUCAACUUCCACGAGGUGGCGGGAAGCGACGCGGACAUUCAGAUCGACUUCACCAAGGCCGACCACGACGACGGCUACCCCUUCGACGGGCCGGGCGGCACCGUGGCUCACGCCUUCUUCCCAGGGGAGAGGUUCACGGCCGGGGACACGCACUUCGAUGACGACGAGGCCUGGACCUUCAGGUCUCCAGACUCGCACGGGAUGGACCUGUUCGCCGUGGCGGUGCACGAGUUCGGCCACGCCAUCGGCCUGGUCCACACCUCCGCCAUAGAGUCCAUCAUGAGACCCUACUACCAGGGUCCGGUCGGGGACCCCUUGAAAUACGACCUGCCGUACGAAGACAAGGUCCGCGUGUGGCAGCUCUACGGUGUGCGAGACUCCGUGUCCUACACCCACCGCCCGGCGGACCCGUCCCAGACGGCCGACCCGCCCGUCCUGCUCGACCUCCCCGAGAACAGAUCCACUGUCACGCUGGCGCGAGAUGCCCCAGACAGAUGUACCAGCCACUUUGAUGCAGUGGCCCAGAUACGAGGAGAGGCCUUCUUCUUCAAAGGGAAGUACUUCUGGCGACUGACUCGAGAGAAGCACUUGGUGUCUCUGCGCCCGGCUCAGAUCACUCGCUUCUGGAGGGGUCUUCCGUCCAACCUGGACAGCGUGGACGCCGUGUACGAGAGGCCCGGAGACCACAAGAUCGUGUUUUUCAAAGCGCUCAAGUACUGGGUGUUCAAGGACAACAUCGUGGAGGAGGGCUACCCGCGGCCCAUCAGCGACUUCGGGCUGCCGGCGGAGGGCGUGGACGCCGCCUUCGUGUGGCUGCACAACGACAAGACCUACUUCUUCAAGGGCGGCCGCUACUGGCGCUACGACGACCGCCUGCGGCGCAUGGACCUGGGCUACCCCAAGGACGCCGCGCUGUGGAAGGGGCUGCCGCCGCAGCUGGACGACGCCAUGCGCUGGUCCGACGGCUCGUCCUACUUCUUCAAGGGGAGGGAGUACUGGCGCGUGCCGGGCAGCGACAUGGAGGCGGAGGCCGGAUCCCCGCGCCUGAUCGCCAAGGACUGGCUGCUGUGCACCGAGAUGCAGUCGGACUCGCCGGACGCGGCGCCCAAGAGCACCGAGACCCGGGUCAACGUGCACCGGCGCCCGGACCACGCGGAGAACGGGUACGAGGUGUGCUCCUGCACCUCGGACACCGCGUCCCCCGUGGGCGCGCGGCCCUCGCCCUCCCCCGCCUGGCUGCUGCCGCCGCUGUGGACGCUGGCGCUGGCCCUCCGCUCUGAGCCGCUAUGAGGGUCCUGGGCCGUCCGGUGGGGGACCAGCGGACGCUCAAUCAUGACAACUGGAGGACUUGGCUCUUUCACACCCUUUGGAACAGUUUUGCUCUAAGUUUGCGGCUGUUUAUUUUACCAGCGUGCGGUGGGCGAGGCCUCAACCCACUCGCCUCCUCAUUUGUAUUCAACACAGAUGGGUAGAAGGCAUCCUGGUUUACAGGCAGGCCCACGUGCUGUUGACUGUGGUUUACUACAGGGUCAGUUCACCAAGACAUGCUCGAAAUUACCAAAUAUCACUUUUCAGACGUCCUCUAUUCUAUCUGACCAUGCAGAAGUUUUAGCAUCAGCAGUAUCAGCAUCCGCCUCCAGCUCAGACACAAUGGACCCAGUUGGAAUCUGGUUUGUGCUGUUCAACACACACAAAGGCAGUCGUGUGUGUGUGUCCACUGUAUGGGAUGUCUCCAAACUCAAUAUAUAUUGUGGACCUGACCUUUUAAUAAACCACAGAAUACAGACCCACAUAUCCACCGUUAGCGUAGCAUCCUAACUCGAUUUAAACUGUAAGCAUGCUUAUAAUAAGUAUGCUCGUCUGGGCUCAGGCAGCAGGAAAAGCUGGCGGGCGCUCGACAGACGCGGCCGAUGAGAAGGUGGACGGAUUCUAGCAGCAGCAGCAGCCUGAAUCCCUCCACCCCAACAUUCCCUGCUUUGAGUUAAGGUGUAUAUUUGAUUUCAGAUUCUUAUAUUCUAAUAGCCACGUUUAAGUUUUUUAUUGUUUUCUUUCGCUAAUAUUUCAUUGCUAUUAUCAGGUUAUAAAGAGCUUCUUGUGACAGGUGGACAAUUGUCUUCGCUCUGAACCUCUUCUGAAGACUGAGGCCGCAGCACGGCUCCUGAAUUUAUUCUUGGUGUAAAGAUAUAUUUACCUAGAUACAGUAAACCUGCUAUAUUUGCGUUGGAGGGUUCUGCCGUCGGUGGACUGUGUAUUUUAUGCCGUGUUUUUCUAAUGUAAAAUAUUUUUGUAGUAAAAUAAAAAAGAAAAUCAGUGAUUUUAA